AUGACAGACCUCCUCAUUCCUGGUCUUAUAUCGCCAUCUGCUGCUGAGACCAGGAAGUGCAUCUGUCAUAAAACACCUGGGUGUGCGUGUGUGUUGUGUGCUCAGAUGCGCCCCCUGGAGGCCAAGCGGCUGCUGAAGGCGGUGAUAGCUCUGGAGUUAGCCGGAGUGUUCGGAGCCUACGGCCUGUUCACCUGGAUGAACAACAGCAGAGACUUUAGGAGCAAAGUGAACACACGCUUCCCCAGAGUCUUAGAAGCCUAUUAUCUGUCCAAUGAGUACGCUGGAGUCUACGGCAUCAGAGAGAGGGACCAGGAGGCCUGGAGCCAGCAGGACUGA